GGAAUCGGAAUGAAAAUGGCAAGAUGGAGUCAAAACGACUGCGGUUUCUGUAAUCCAUUUUGUACACAAAAAUUAAGGGAACAAUAACCCGCAAACAGUGUUUAAGUACCCUUUAAUACUUGUAAAAUCAUUUAGUGAAAACGGUGUCGCGUUUUUUAUCGAAACACUACUGUUCUGGGACUUAUCCGGGGUUGAUUACUGCUCAUCAAAGGACCCAAUGAGAUGAGCAGCAGAAAAACGAAAUGUGCCGUCUAAAGCGAUGGACUCCUACGGAGACUUGUUUGGGGAAGAUGGAAGUGGAAUGCUCGAAAGUCUGCCCGAGCUGGGAACGGCCGUGCAUCUUGACCGUUCCGGCCCUCCGGUGACCGGACCCCAGGCCGCCCCGAGAGAUAGAAAUGCGCCACAAAGUUAUCCGCCACCGCCAGCUUAUUCUCAGGACUCACCACUUCAGAAACUGGCUUCAUUUGGCUCAAGUAGCUCCUCAUUUCCCCAUAUGGAUCCUAAUACACAGCAGAGUGCGUACGCGCAAGGUUACGGCGCGACAGGUGCCGACGGCAGACCGUCCAUGGGACCUCCUGGAGGGGCUUACGGACAACCUCAACCUCGUCAAAUGCCGAGGCCUCCAGUAGCACCCCCUGGCCCUGGUCAGUAUCCCUAUCAGUCUGCCACUGAUACCAUGUAUUCGAUGUCUGACAUGCAAGUCGGAGCCGCAAUGGCCGAUCCGAACGCUAUGCAGGCUGGAUGGGGACAACAUGCAGCGGCAGCUGCAGCAGCAGGAUAUCCGGGAAUGCAUCGUUAUCCUCAAAUGGGUCAGUACAGACAACAACCAAUGGGAGGAUACCCACUUCAACAAGAACAAAAGCAGCAAUUUCCUAGUACGCAGCAUCCGAUGAUGCAGCAACCACACCAGACUCCCUAUCAAAUCCCCCAAAGACAUACAUCUCACGGUUAUCCCCAGGCCGCCGGUUAUCCAGGCACGGCGCCCAAUCAGAGUUACGGCGGCUACGGCCACCAAAGAAUGCCGCAUCAUCACCAGUAUCCACAAACCCACCAUCAGAUGGACAUACAAAAUCAACAAUACACACAAAUGACCCAUUCCCAGUCACUGCCCCACCCAACGGGACAUCCGAACCAAGGCGCGGUACCGAGCGCGGGUCACAUCGGUCAACCGCAUCCGGUGAGCCAUCCCGGUAUGCAAACUCACCAAACAGCAGCGGCACAAAAUCCAAUUCCACAUUCGGCCGGAAUGGUCCCGAAUUACAAUCAGCCACACCAAACGCUACAAACACUUCAACGACCCGUAGACAUGCAACCGCAACCGACGAGUCAACAACAGUUCGCGGCUAAACACGCGAAUCCGGUCGGUAAUUCGAGCCCUCAAUACAGAGCGCCGUUUCCACAAUUGUCACCUCAGAUGUCUCCGAGACCGCAAAUGUCUCCGAGACCUCAAGCGCCUCAGGUAUCGCCGAGACCCGUAAUGUCUCCCGCGAAGCCCAGCAUGUCGCCACAUCAGCAACAUCCGCAAAUGCCGCCGCAAUCUAAUUUAAGUCCGCGUUCGACGGCCAGUUUGCCGCCAAAAAGCACCGUACCCGCUUAUUCGCAACAAAGCACACUGCAGGCGUUAGAACAAAUGGUUCUUCCGCCUUCGACCGUGGGAAUGUCUGAUUAUUCCUCGUAUCAGUCUCGAAAUUUGGGUAUACCACCUCAGGGACAUCCCACCGCACAUCCGGCGUCGCCUUCGAUGAAUACUUUAAUGAGAAGCCAAAUGGCGGAUCCUUGGCAACAGCCUCCGCAGUCUCCUAGGCCGCAGACUCAGAUGCAUUUAACUAAUUUGAACGGUCCUCCAAAUACCGUUGAUCAAAUUCCUAUAAGUCAGUCGAUGUCGCCGAGUCAACCGUUAAUGCCCACUCAAUCUCAAUUGACGUCUUCUACAAAUGUGUCGCUGCCUAACGUCCCACCGGUGUACAGUACUAAAGAGUCCCGACUGGAAAUGUCUCCAAUGGUUAGUGAAAAAUCGGAAAUGCAUCGGGCAUUAACGCCAAAUAGGGACGAUAUUAGUCAGCAAAUGCAUUCGAGCUUUCCAGUCUCGCGACCGUCGGAGUUUCCGCCAGUGUCCCCGACAACUAGCAUGCCAGACAAAAUGCCCAGUAGUACGACUAAUCAGGACCAGGAUAUUUCUAGCUUAACGCACACGACAUUUUCGCAUAACUCUAGCCCAACCCCGACAUCAACAACUGACGAUAACGUGCCGACUGCGUAUGAGCAAAACCCACAAACAAGUCUUCCGGAUAACAACAGAAGUGUUUCCGAUUCUGGCAUGACGGCCACCUCUACCCAGGAAACAAGGAAUUACGACUCUCCGGGAUUUAAUCGGGUGUCUACUCCAACAAUGUACCAAAGCCAACCGGAACCGUCAAAAACCGGAUAUAAAAUUGAAGAAUUAGCGCAAUCUAACAACUUCUCUUUCACGCAAGACAACUCGCUUUCGCAAGAAUCUUUAGCCGAUGCUGUUAAAGAAACUGCGAGUCGUUCUCCCCAUGUGCAAUCGCCCACUUUUCAGAACCAUCAUUACAUGUUCUCUAAACAAGACUCUACGGAGAGCAAGACUCCUAAACCCGAAAAUGUUGCGAUGCCUUUAUCUCCCACUCAGUCUUUUACUACAUUAAAUAAUCAACGUACAACAACUCCAACUUUUGAACCAACUCGGUCAGUGAGUUCUCCAGUACCUCAACCUGCAAGCAAACCAGCUGAAAACGUUCCAUCUCCCGUUGUCGACCAGAACAGUCAAGAGCAAAGUUUCACUUCAAAUCCGACAAAUCUUCCAGAUAUGGAACACCAAGAAAGUAACUCGAAUCAUAGCGGCAGUCUUCCCGCAAUGCCAGUGGUCGCAGAUCAAAAUCCAACUCAACCUUUAAAUCCACAACCGAAUCAAAACAAUAUGAACGCCACUGUUCAACCGCCACCGCAGCAAACUCCGUUGCCUCCAGACGUCACCAAUUCCAUGCCCAAAAUCUCUUCAAACGUAUACGAAAACCCACCCAUGGGUAUGCAGGGUUCUAAUGGUAUGCCUGGGACACGCCCAGGGCAACCCCAAAUGAUCCCAAGCAGUAUGGGAGGCAUAAAUCAUCAAGGCAUGACAAUGAUGGGUCAUAUGGGACAAGAAACAGUGCCGGCUUUUCAACAACCCAUCAGUCACCAACAAGAACGCGCCGCCUUGCAACAACAGCUACAAGAGUUAUACUGUAUGCCGCCCAACUCAGAAACCCAAGAAAAAAUCAUUAAUUUACAAGAGAAGCUAAAUAUAUUAGGGCAUCACGAGGCUACUGAGCAGUGCAACGGCGGAUCGCAGUGUAUCUUACAAAGUUCCAUGUUUACCUUGCCCAUGAUCGAUAGUCCACAAGUCACCAGUACUACCGGUAGGGGACGUGGUAAAGCAGGUAGAAAACCGAGGGUUAAGAAAUCUGAAAAGGCUUUAAUGGAAAACGAUCAUAGUCCCGUAAGUACGGUGGCAGCCCCCGCUUUAAUUCAACAACAAUUACCUGUUUCGGAAGAUUUUGUAACACCUGGAGCUGGCUUAAAUCUGCCGUCCAGCGAAAUGUCCGAAUUUAUGGAUUUUGCUAUGGAACAGGUGGCUGAAGAGGGAAAGAAACGUGGACGCAAACCCAAGGAUCCUAAUAAGCCUAGAGAGCCGAAAACCCCUAAGGAGCCCAAGACUCCUAAAGAGCGCAAAAAGCGCGAGCCCAAAGACACCCAGGAACCGAGGGUGAAACGGAAAUACGUCAGAAAAAAGAAGCAGCAUGAAGGAAUGGACGCCUCGAGCGACUUUGAGGAGUCCAGCAAUAAAACCAUCGAUAGCUCGCAACAUUCGACUCCUGAGAAACAUUCUUCUGAAGAAGCGGAGGCCAAGCAGGACGCCACGGAUAAACCCGAGUCUAGCUUGUCAGAUUCGACAAAACUAGACGUGGACGAACCGGAGGAGAUGCAAGCGGAUUCCCAAACGCCAGCGGACGGCCCUCUGUUGCCGGAGUCCGGAGACGAAUCGAAGAGAGACGAAUAUGCUUUUGACGAAACGAAAUCUGAUGAGGAAAUAUGCGAAAUGCCCAAGAGAUCAAGAAAACCACCGCGGGGUUCUAAAAAGGUCGUCAGUUCUAAAGCGCGAAGCAAAACGAGUACUAAACGCGGACGUGGACGAAAAGCGGCUCAUGAGUCUGACGGGGAGGGCGAGGAUCUUGUGACAACACCACCACCCUCUCCACCGGUGGAGGACGAUAGUUCGAAUAAGCGACGAUCGGCACGGAAUACCCAAAGAAAGAAAUACGUUGACGAUGUUAUAUUGAGGUUCUCGGAUGACGAUGCUCCACCAACACCGAGAGCCCGGAAACCUCCUGUUCCGGAGAAACCGAUUAUAAUGGCUCCGAGUACGCCGGUUCAAACUGCCGCCUCAUCAUCGUCGUCAUCGAACGCGGAAAAGUCGGAUGCGUUGAAGGACGAUGGAGACGAUGCGCCGCCGGAGUCGCCUCUUGAUUCAUCCAAAGAUCCUGCUAAAGGUAUGAACUAUGUCUACGUGAACACAUCCGACGACGAUUCAAUGGUAGUCCAAUACGUUUUGGCGUCACGUUUCGUUAAGAAAGAAAUGAAAGUGGAAAACACCGAAACUAAAAAAGAGGUCGACCUUGAUGCUGAACCAAAAGAAAAAGGUGAAGAGAAUGACGAAGAAAAGGACCCUGAUGACGAAGGCGAGGAGAAAAAACCGAAAGCGGACGAGGAGCCUAAACCCGAAGGGGAAGAAUCCAAAGAGGUGGAAGUAGAAGAGUAUUACGUAAAAUACAGAAAUUUCUCGUAUUUGCACUGCGAAUGGAAGACUGAAGAUGAACUAUUUAAAGGGGAUAAACGUAUUGGCAAUAAAAUUAAACGAUUUAAGCAGAAACAAGCGCAGAUGCUUAACAUUUUCGAAGCACUUGACGAGGAACCGUUUAAUCCGGACUAUGUUGAAGUCGAUAGAGUAUUAGAUGUGUCUGAGCACACCGAUCCAGCCACAGGGGAAGUAGUGAAACAUUAUUUGAUAAAGUGGAGAUCGUUACAAUAUGAAGACUGCACCUGGGAACUAGAAGAAGACGUUGACCCAUUAAAGAUAGAACUGUAUGAAAAGUUUGCGAAAAUACCCCCAAAAGAUAAAUGGAAGAUCAAAAAGAAACCUUCUCCGGACGCCUGGACUAAACUGGAAAAAUCUCCAAUUUACAAGGGAGGAAACAGCCUUAGGGAAUAUCAGCUGGAAGGAUUAAAUUGGCUACUUUUCUCUUGGUACAACGGUCGAAAUUGCAUAUUGGCAGACGAAAUGGGUCUGGGCAAAACCAUUCAAAGUUUGACAUUUAUAAACUCAGUAUGGGAGUACGGUAUAAGGGGUCCGUUCCUUGUUAUAGCUCCUUUAUCCACAAUACCAAAUUGGCAACGUGAGAUCGAGAGCUGGACGGAUAUGAACGUUAUAGUGUACCACGGUUCAGCCGUUAGCCGUAACAUGAUACAAGAAUACGAGAUGUUUUAUAAGAAUGACAAGGGACAACACAUAAAAGAUAUCACCAAGUUUAAUAUCUUAAUAACCACUUUUGAAAUUAUCGUUACAGAUUUUGCCGAUUUAAAAGGUUUCAAUUGGAAAUUGUGCGUGAUAGACGAGGCACACAGAUUAAAGAAUCGCAAUUGUAAAUUACUAGAAGGGUUGCGUCAAUUAAGUUUAGAACAUCGAGUUUUACUUUCGGGGACUCCGUUGCAAAACAACGUUAACGAACUGUUUUCCUUGCUUAACUUCUUGGAACCAGCUCAGUUUUCUAAACAAGACGCUUUUCUUAAAGAGUUUGGCUCCCUUAAAAAUGAACAGGAGGUGCAGAAGCUGCAAGUCCUACUUAAACCCAUGAUGUUAAGGAGACUUAAAGAAGACGUGGAAAAAUCACUUGCACCAAAAGAGGAAACCGUUGUAGAAGUCGAACUGACAAAUAUCCAAAAGAAGUACUACAGAGGUAUUUUGGAACGUAAUUUCUCUUUCCUCACCAAAGGCACCACAUACUCCAACAUACCGAAUCUCAUGAACACCAUGAUGGAAUUGCGAAAAUGCUGCAUCCAUCCAUAUUUACUCAAUGGCGCGGAGGAUCAGAUCCAGUACGAUUUUAAGCAGCAAAACGGAGAGGAUCCCGACGCUUAUUAUAAGGCGCUUAUUAAUUCGAGUGGUAAAAUGGUUUUAAUAGACAAACUGUUGCCAAAAUUAAAAUCAAACGGCCAUAGGGUCUUAAUAUUCAGUCAGAUGGUCAAGUGUCUGGAUAUUCUCGAGGAUUACUUGUUAUUCAGGAAAUACCCCUUUGAAAGAAUCGACGGUAGGAUCAGGGGGAAUUUGAGACAAGCUGCUAUAGAUCGAUUCUCCAAACCGGACUCUGAUAGAUUCGUGUUCCUGUUAUGUACUAAAGCCGGAGGAUUGGGAAUUAAUCUUACGGCAGCCGAUACUGUUAUAAUCUACGACAGUGACUGGAAUCCUCAAAACGAUCUACAAGCCCAAGCAAGAUGUCACCGAAUCGGUCAGCAAAAAAUGGUUAAAAUUUACCGGUUGCUUUGCAGAAACACUUACGAAAGAGAAAUGUUUGAUAAGGCAUCGCUUAAGUUAGGUUUGGAUAAAGCCAUUUUGCAAAGCAUGAACACCAGCCAAGGGGAAAAGGGUUCGGGUAAUAGACAGCUCAGUAAAAAAGAAAUUGAAGAUUUACUGAAAAAAGGUGCCUACGGAGCUUUACUGGACGAGGAAAACGACGGGGAUAAGUUUUGCGAGGAGGAUAUCGACGUAAUAUUAGCCAGGAGAACGCAAGUUAUCACGAUGGAGUCCGAAAAAGGAUCGACCUUCUCCAAGGCAAGUUUCGCGUCUAGCGCGAGCAGAUCCGAUAUCGAUUUAGACGAUCCGGACUUCUGGAACAAAUGGGCUAGAAAGGCGGACAUUGACACAACCGAAAAAGAUGAAACGGAGGAUUUGGUGCUAGCGGAACCGCGAAGACGCACCCAGAUUAAAAGAUACGGCCACGACGAGAGCGCUUUGGACAUGUCCGAGCUUGAGAGCUCGGACGAUUCAGAUGGCGACCCGAAUUUGAGGGAAAGCAAAAGGAAUAAGUUGAAGAAGAGGAAAUUGAGAAGUGACGAUUAUUAUCCGCGAGAAGGCGAAAAGGGAGAGAUGGUUUACGGAAGUUGGUCCAGACGGGAAUGCUUUAUGGUGGAGAGGGGCUUGUUGACUUACGAGUGGGGCCGCUGGCAAGAGAUACUGCAGAAUUCUCAACUGAGGAAAGGAUGGAAGGAGCAGGACGUUGAAGAUUGUGCCAGAGUUAUUCUGCUAUUUUGCCUCCGAUUUUACAAAGGAGACGAGAAAAUCCGCAAUUUUAUAUGGGACUUAAUCUCGCCGACCGAAGGCGAACAAAAAAUCUCGAGAAACCAUCAGGGACUUAAAGACCCGGUUCCUCGAGGAAUCCGAAAUAAACACAAGAAAAAACCGUGUAAGAAUACAACACAUGCGGCCCUCACCGACCCUAACCAUUGGAGCAAAGACGAAAAGUACGACGGCGACAUAUUUUUGGAGAGUAAUUACAAAAAGCAUCUCGGUCGUCACGCUAAUAAGGUUCUUUUACGAGUAAGGUUGCUUUACUACAUCAAGCAUGAAAUAAUCGGUGACUUGGCUCAGCAGAUCGUUGACGGAGAACCAGCCAGUGCCUUGCCGAUAUACCCCCCGGUUACGGAGCAAUUGCCUGCCGCGUGGUGGGAUUCCGAGUUCGACAAAUCGUUGCUGAUAGGCACGUGGAAGCACGGCUACGAGAAUUACACGGCCAUGAGACAGGACCCCGCCUUGUGUUUCCUGUCUAGGUGCGGCCCACCUUCGGACCGCGAGAUUCAGCUGCAAGCGAACUUGCAACCGCCCACCCCGAACCAGGCGCAGAAUAAUGACGACGAUAUGGACGACGACGACACGUACGAAGACUCUAGCGUUAAAUCAAGAAGACUGGAUCGCGACCACUCCGAAGUUAACUCGGAAAUCGCCGAACCGUCUCCGGGUCCGUCGGCUUGUUCUGAGAACCAAAACCUGGAAAUGGACGAGAUGAAGGACGAGGGCGAAGAUAAAGCGUGGCCCAGCGUAACAGAUCUGAACACUCGACUCCGGAGAGUGAUUACCUCUUAUCAGAGGAUCAACAGGAGGGAAGAGCAGAAAUUGCAGGCCUCUAAAACUAAACAGCAACAACAAUCUUUGGAUCCUUCAAGUUUAUCGUCACCAUUGGCAGCCUUGGCUCAAGUUUCACAACAGUUCGAAUCGCGCGAUUUGUCGGCUAUGGGUUUGCAAGGUUGGGAUCUUCAACAGCUAGCCCUAUACCUCUUGAAAAUGGAACGUCAAGGCAAACAAGCCUUCGAGCAAGCGGCCAAAGAAUCAGCAAAAGAACGCGAAAGGCCCACGAUCUCGAAAAUGUGGAGUAAACGCGAAGAAGCGGACUUUUUCCGUAUAGUUUCCUCAUACGGCAUAAUUUAUAGUAGAAAAUCGAAAAAGUACGACUGGUCCCACUUCAAACAACUCGCCAAGCUGGAGAAAAAAUCGGACGAAGAACUCACCGAAUACUACAAAAGUUUUGUGGUCAUGGCCAAGAAACAAACUGGCAUAGCGGUGGACGAGAACAGCUACGAUAAUACGAUCGAGCAUAUCAACGAAGAGAAGGCCAGAAGGACUUUGGACCGGUUGGAGUUACUUUCGAGGAUCCGUGAGGAAAUUUUGGUUCAUCCGAAACUGGACGAUCGGUUGCAAGUGUGUCUUACGUCGGCCGAUAUGCCCGAGUGGUGGGUGCCCGGUAAACAUGAUAAGGAGUUACUUAUUGGUGUCGGAAAGUACGGGCUUGGAAAAACCGACCAUUUCCUACUAAAUGACCCGGAGCUCUCAUUCCAUGAAGUUUUACAAAGAAAGGUUAACGUAGAUACGCAAGAGAUGAAAGGGGCGGUAAAACUGGGAAGCCACGAGGACAUUUUAAAGUUUGACCGUGACGAGAUCCUCGUUAAACUGGAAAAGGGCGAAGGCACGUUGAAGAUUGAGAAAGUCACUUUAAAGAAGGAAGAAACAGAAGAGAAAAAGGAGGUUGCUAAACCAGCUGAAAAACCUGAGGAGCCCGCCGAGGAAAAAAUGGAAGUUGACGAGGAAGAAAAAGAGAUAAAAGAGGAAGUUAAAGAAGAAAAUGCGGAGAGUGAAGAAAAAGAAUCGACUACCGAAGAAAAGAAAGAAGAAGAAACUAAAGAGGUAGAAAAGGAGGCCAGUGAGACGCCCGAGAAGCAGCCAGAAGUUGAAGAACCCAAGCCGGCAGAAGAAACCAAACCGGUAAAAGAAAUCUCUGCAAAUGACUCUUGCUCCAAACAAGCCGCAGAGCUUAAAGCGAUGUUCCCCGAUUUGGAAAUCAUCCAGCCACUAUCACGUCUCUCUCAAGUAGACACUUUCGUCCUCAAAGACAAACCUGGCGCCACAGGCGCGUUGGAUUUCAGCGAAACCACCGUGGCACAACUCUUAAAUCACGUAGUCAAAUGGCCCAAAGAAUACGCGAUCCAAGUGAGGCUACAGCACAUCAUUUACGCGAUAGAAACGAACGAGUGGCCGGUAUCCAAAUCGUUCUCGGCCUACGCCACUGGUAUCGGAAACGAGUUUGAUAUUCCGAUUCACGAACUACCAAACGAUUCUCCGAAACGUGAGGCCUAUACUCCGGACAUGGAAGUGUCGAUGGGUGGCGGCAGGGUGUCCGAUAAACGUAAACGUCAUAUAGCGAUCGACGUGGAAACGGAAAGGGCGAAGUUGCACGCGUUGCUUAACAGUAGCCACGCGGGGGCGCCGAUGUCUUCGAAAUCGCAUUGGGACGACGAUUCGGACGAUGCCAGGCUGAUGUCCCAGGGGGUGUUGCAACCGCCGCCCGCCCAUCAGCAUCGUUCGUCGGUGUUGAGCUCGAGUUUGGGCCAUAUGCCGUUCGAUUUUUCGCAAAAGUAUCCGUCACCGCUCACGCCUAAGACUAUUGGACAAACGACGGUUAUUCCCGGAACCAGUAGUACGUUGACGCCAAUUGAUUUGAGCUCGAGCUUAACAAAGUCCUCAAGCAAAUCCUCAAUGGACGUUCAAAGUGAGGUGCAUGACUUUUCAAUAAAAAAAUCCUCCGCCGGUGGAUCCGGUGGUGGUUUCGCCCUCUCAAAAUCCGGAACUGGCAACAAACUGGAUGAUACGUUAUCGAAACUAAUGAAACGGAAAAAUUGUCCGGAACCAGAACCUUUAGUGGGUAAAGAAAAGAAGCGACGCAAACUGGACGAAAUCGUCCUGGGACUAUCGGCCGCCAAAGAACAAUCUUUAUUCCCGGAAACAUCAAAGAAACCCACCGUAACACCGAGCGUCACGGUUACACCGAGCAACGUGCAAACCACCACCGCUCAAAACAAUAUGAAACCGUUCACUAUAACCGUUACGUCGGUUCCGUCAUCCUCUCAGGUUCCUUCAAACAGAAAUAGUCCGAUGUCUUCUAACUUGUUGCCGAAUAUGUCAUCGAAAGACAGUUUCUCUAGUUUCCUGGCUCAGGCGGAACAACAGAACUUGCUAUUGAAAAAGCAACAACAACAGCAGCGAAAGAGCUAUGAGGCAAUGAUCGCUGAUAUAGGUUCCAAAGUAAACUCGUACUCCCACGACGCCAAAGUGAAUAAAUGGUUGGCGGAACAGAAUAUAGCGUUAGCGGAGCAACCUUUGGGCACCGAUUAUUUAUCGACGAGAAGAAGAAGACCCAGAGUUGAUCCGACCCUGUUAGAUUGGAAGAAGUUGACCGGGGAUGAGAACGUUUCUGUUGUGCAUAGAGUAACGGGGAAAAAAUUGACUGGUCCGAAGGCGCCCACUUUGAAAAGAUUGGGACAGUGGCUGAUGGAAAAUCCGAUGUACGAUAUCGAUCCGAAAUGGUCGGAGUUGGUGAAGGAGAGGGGCAAUAUCGGCGCGGAUUUGCAACAGAAGAGGAUUUCUGGUAGUAGCAGUCAAAAUAUGGUAAACAUGAGCGGCCUUACAGCCUCAAGCAGCAAAGGGAAAUCGAGCAGUAGCGGACGUCCACCAGUGUUAUCCAGUCCGACCGGUUCGACAUCCAGCGUAAGCUCCGCAAGCGUACCCACGACUCUCUCGUCGAGCAUGUCUUUCCCGCCGCUUGGUAAUGCCGCAGGACUGGCGAAUCUCAACUCAUCUCUCUUAUCCGGCCUCUCGAAUUUGGGCCAGUUCGAUCCGAAAACGAAUCCUCUACUAAUGCCCUUCGCCGGCUUACCCAUGGGAAGCAUGGGCAGUCUCGGGAAUUUAUCGAAUAUGAACUUGUUCGCCAAUUUGGCCGGUCUAGGUUUACCCGGUUUGGGUGGCAUGGAUCCCGCUGUGUUGGCCAGCGCCACCGCCGCGCUUAGUGGAAAUGGGGGAAAAUCGUCAAGUGGUAGUAAGAAUUCCGGAGGUACUGGAAGUAGCAGUAGCAGCUCGAAACACGACAAACCCCAAGAAGCGCAUUCGUCCAGCAAAAGUCAGUCUUCGAGUGGUUCUUCUGUGCCCACUACGAACUCGUUCCCGUUUUUCUUCCCGAAUCCUGGACUGCUCUACACCCCUUUGGGACUCGGCGGACUUAACCCGUUCGCCCUUCAACCGGGAGUUUCUGCUUACGAUAGUUUAGGUCUCCUAAACGGUAGCCUCGGUGGCUCGGGCUCCCACGGUUCCAAAAUGAAAUCGAGCUCGUCCAGCUCGAGACAAUCGUCCAGUACGACCACGACCAGCUCGACGGCAUCGCCCAGCGUCGCCUCGAGUAGCUCGUCAAAAUUACCUGGAAAAGCCGCUAAAAAGGAAACCCCAUUCCCGCAGCUCUUGCUGCCCCCCGAUACGCAAAUACUAGAGGGUAUACCCAAGAUGAGCCCAUCGGGUGGAAAACAUGAUAAAAAAGACGAGAGAAGAAAAGCCUUGGAUGCAUUCAAAGGCAUGACUGCGGCAGAUUUUUCUGCCCAAAUGGCCAAAGAACGACGAACGCCCACCCUUCCGAACUUAACUGAUUUUACGAAACUGAUAGAGGCUCAAGUUACUCAGUCUACAAAGAAGUCCCAUGAGCAACUGCUGAAAGAGGCGAUGGAGCAGCUUCAUAAACCCAAAAUGGACUUGACUAGUAUGAUGGCCAAAUCUUAUGAAGAACAGGCUCGUGUAAAUAUUCCUAAAACAUCAAGAGAUUCUACCGAAUCUCCCUUAGCCCUGGAGAAACCUCAAGUGGAGGAGGAAGCGCCCGUUCAAAAACCGAAAACUCCCAGCGAGGAGCCUCCUCAACAACCUGAUCCUCCUCAGGUCGAAGAAAGAUCAGAAACCAAAACGCCACAAGCGGUCGUCCAGUCCACUCCAUCUCCACCUCCCCCUCAGCCCCAGCCAGACGUCAGCAUGCACGAAGGGGAAGGCGUAGAUAUAGAAACGUUGCUUCCCUCUUCGGUGGUGACUUCGGCGAGCGUCGCUCCGGAACGAGAUCAGCCGACCCCGAUGGAAACCGAAGAACUCGAACAGCCAGAGGUCGCCGCUGAUUUCGAAAUGCCUCAGCAAUCCGAAAAGAAACACGAGCCGGAGGACGGUGUUGUGAAUAAGGAGCCGGAAAGUAAACCGACGAACGAGGCCGAAGAAAACGUUGAAUCGCCGCCAAAGAAAAAUAAUAAGCGCAGAAAACGUAAGUCCGGUGAAAUCGUUUUAGAUCCCGAAGCGGUAAUGGAAAAGAAAAACCUGAGAUCAAGCGCGAGUAGGUCGGCCGCCGCGGCUGCCGCCCGACACCAAAGGGAAGCGGAACACGCACAAAGGGAGAGCGCCGCGGCGGCCGCUGCUGCUGCUGCCGCCGCCGCCGCCGCGGCGUCCGAAAACGCCCCGUAGACGAACGCCGCUGCCUCUUCUCCCCCCACCCCUGUCGAUCCGAGUAUUUAGUGAUCUGUGAUAAAUAAUUAAAAUUUGGGUACUGGACGCAACUCUUGUUUUAAAACGAAAAAACGCAAUGUACUGAAUUUUUAUGAUACUGAUUUAAAUAAUCGCCCACCGCGGUCUGAUCUAUUACGCUUGAUGUUACGUAUUUGUUUUAUAAUACAGUAACUUUUUCUAAUGUAAGUCCUAAUUGUUAAUGAUAUUCGUUUUUUUUUCACCCUAGUUAACAUUUACGUUAUGAUGUAUGAAUGCAAAGCUGCCGUUAAUUGUAGUCGUAUGGGGCAUAAUGUGAGUGGUAACUGAGGUAAAGAAAAAUUUUAAGAAAGUAAAAGAGACUCAAAUUACUUACAUAAUUCGUUAGUGGAUAGGUGCAAACAUUAAGAAUAUUUUAGGACAAAUGCUUAGGUAGUUUCUAGAUAGGAUGUUGGUUUCAAUUAACUAUUUACUCGUAAUGACGUGUAUAGGUCUACAACAAAAUCAAUGGGAAACCUGCCUUAACCGGACAUUUCUUUAAGUUGCCUAAGAUGUCUUAAUAAGAAAAGACAUUGUUUUCGUUUUCUACGGUACCCUCUUAGUUAAAUUAGGCCAAACGUCCCUAAUUUAACUGAGCACGAUUACCCGCUGUAUAUUAAAAUUUUUAGGUUAAGCUUAUAAUGUUCUUACAGUGACUUUUUUAUACUUAAUAUUACAUAUAUGUACGGCCUAUGGUGGGAAUGAUCUUUUUAUUAUUGUCUAUAUACAGGGAGUGCUGAAAAUGCUUUAUGAUUAAGGACAAACUUUGUACUGCAUUAUAGUGAAUUUGACAAAUAUGUAUUUUACCACAAAGUUAGCAUCUAAUCGUGUUUAAAUUACCCCCUGAAUACUUUAGACAACUUUAAGAAAUCUUUUAGGGUUUAUCAUUGAUUUUAAAACGACUUCGUCAAACUUAAGUGUAUCAAUAUUAGUGUCGUAAGCUCGCAUGUGUGUAAAUAUUUUUCUUGUACUAUCUGAUUUAUUUUUACAUUAUUAUUUUUUAAUUAUAUGUGUAAAAUUCCUUUUUUGAAGUGUGUAUUUAAAGGCUUUUUUGGCAGCGUCCUGCCUUUCCCCCUAUAAUCGUCUUAAAUGGUAGCUUUCUCUCAUAUUAUUGUUACAAACUUAAUGUAAGUAAAUAAAAAUACAAAUAAGUA